AACGCGGUAAAAAAAUUGCCUGUAUCACUUCGUGAAAACACCGCUUUGUUGGCUUCUGUUUGGGUAAAAAAUGCCGGCUGAUCGCAAGCCUAUGCGAUUUGCUCAUAGUGAAGGUCAUACAGAUGUGUGCUACGACGAAAAGGGAGAGUAAGUAUAAUAAUUUUCUUGCUAUAACGCUCGUUCAUGAUCGACGAUCGGCCUGCGUGAUUCAUCUUGCAAGAGUUGAUCGAUGAUCAGCAACGUACGUUAAGCGAAAUGUGCAUCGAAUUUGUUAGUUAACCCACAAAAGCUUAUCAUUUCUCGAUCGGGUAAAGAAAUCGAAACAGUGCUAAAGUUGAAGUCGCCUGAAUCGGAUCGAGUCAUUUAUCGAAUCGAAUGAUUGAUUUCAAAAAACAAUGACUGUUGGCUGUCGUCGAUCACCGAACAGCGUUACGAUUUACGCGGUAACUUAGUGAGCUUGAGCUUGUAAUCGAUCGAAGGAGCCAGGUUAAAUAAAUAAAGUAUACCGUGUAUUACCGUAGGAUACUAGUGUAGUUGGAGGGAUCAAAUACAUCUUAGGACAAAUGGGUCACUUUGGUGUUUACGUGUUACAAGAGUGUCCUAGGGGAUUUGGACUACAGAAAUCUGUACAAUCUUAUGAAUUAUUACAAUCACUUUAUUGGUAAUAACCGGAAAUGUAGAAUGAUAUUAUUUUGUUUUAAGAUAGAAUAACAUUUUAGCCUAGAGAUAGGAUAUUUAUAUCCCUGAUCUUUCUGCUAAAAAUAUAUUUGUACCACAGAUGUAGCUAAUAGUAAAUGUUACUGUUUAUUCAUACCAUGGGAUUCAGCAAAAUUAACAAAAUAAUUUGUACAGGUAAUAGCAUGAUUUGUAGUGAUAUGUGGCCUAAAUACCAUGAGUGAUAUUUCGAAAUUGUUAUACGUAAUUUCACGAGCCGUUAGGUGGGUGAAAUUUGAGACAAUUUUGAAAUGUCACAAGUGGUAUUUACGGCAAAUAUCACGUACAAAUCAUGCUAUUAUUUGUUUAUACUACUACCCGCAAAGGUUUGUAAUUUUCACAUGUGGGUAUUUCAAAUUAAGCGGAAAUACCACUGCUCUAAGCCAAUCAAAUUGCAGAAAUUUCUCAUGUAGUAGUAUAAAUGUUUUAAUUUAAUCUGCCUGUUUAAUAUGGCUUAAAUGUAAAAGAAUGUUCCAAUUAUGCUAAUUUUUGCAUGUAAAAACACUGUAUUUGCUUUACCGAAUAUACAUGUAAAAAAGUCGUGGGAUUAAAAUCUACCAUAAACAAUACCAUGCCAAAGACAGAAUAUUAAAAAUACAAUACAUUCCCAUACAACUCCUUAUAAUUUGGCUUCCUGUUUAAGGCUGUUGUGAGUCUGGGUCCCCUGUAUUUUAAAUGGCCUUUCUCUCCAUGAGUCUCUAUUAUACUUGGCUCAGUUAUUAGAUCGCCCUCUUAAUGUUAGGAACAUCAUAGCGUUGAACUGGUGUCUCAGUUUUACUACUUUUUUACCAAUGUUUUGACAUGACAGCUGUUAUUUCAAAAUUUUCUCAGCUAUCUUUUGACAUGUGGCUCAGAUGGUGAUGUGCGCAUUUACAAAGAUUUUGAUGACAGUGAUCCUGAGUCAGUCAGGGCAGGAGAUAAUGUCACAGUUUUAGCCGUGAAGGUGAGAGCACUUUAAAGUUAAAAAAGGAAGCCCUUUGCCAGUAUCCUCAAAAUUGAAAUAUAAAUUCUCCUUUCUAGGCUACAUUGUAUGUGCACACUACACAUGUACAUGUACCAGAUCGUUCUUUUGCUGGCAUGAAAACCAUACUGGAUAUAGCCCAAGAAAAUGAGUGUGAAACGAGACAGUGCAGAAAUUCUGUACUGAUGAAUGAUGACACGUCACUACCCGAAGGGUUGAAAGUCCUCAAAUUUUAAAAUAAAAAUUCAUGUCCUUGAAAGUCCUUGAAAAUUGCAGUCGGUGCUGGAAAGUCCUUGAAUUUCAAUGCUAACUUUAUAGUUUAAGUAGAAUUCCAAAGAAAAGGAGCAACACAGAGAGACCCUCGGGAUAAAAUUACUCCUGUUGUGAAAGAACUAAAAAAGACAUAGACUCAAGGCUCUUUUUUGCACUGAAUUUGAAAACCCUGAAAAAUGGGAAAUGUGACUUUGAAAGUCCUUGAAAAGUCCUUGAAUUAUUUGUUCAAAUAAGGGUAUGAACCCUGACACUAUAUACGCCAUAGCUCUUGUGCUGGCCUGAAAACUGUACCAGAUAAAGCCCAAGAAAAUGAGUGAGAAACAAGACAGUGCAGAAAUUCUGUACUGAUGACUGGUCAUUACCCAAAUCUGGGUACUGCUUCUGAUUGGUUGAAGGAAAUUUUUGGCCAAUGAGAUCUAGGUAGCAUUGCAUCAUUGGUAUGAAAUUUCUGCCCUCCUAUCUUAGAUGCCAUUUUGUGGGGAAACCAGUGCUGGCAUGGCAAAAUCAGGCGGAGGGCUUGACGAUUUUAAUGUAUUCUCAGGAGUAGGGUUUUUACCCACAACUGUUUCAGCUAACAGUUAUCUAAUAAGGAACUUGCGUGUUACAAGAACCCCUUCAUUCUCACUAAUCCUGUAUCCCAAAAAUACCCUUCCAGAGCUUGUCCUUAUUACAGAUCCUUUGGCUGUAACUACCUACCAACCGGAGGGGGGGGGCUACUUCCUCGUAAGAGGCUAACGGGGAUGUGGUGCUGGACGGGCUCGCAUUUUCACAAUUGGAUUGACUAGAAUGGGCUCGCGUAUUCAAUAAUGGGGUCGCACAUUUUCAGAUUUUGGGGGUAAGAAAGUUCUUCAUAUUGACUUUUUGGCGGGAAAUUGCAGCGGUCGGACGUGUAUUCAUCGUGUCUGCCUAACAUUGCCAAAGAUGACCCCUCUCUGGCACCUACUCCUAUGAAAAUACACUAUCUGGCUCCCUGACGAUGUAAUCUACCUUCUUCAAUGUAAAUGCCUCCCAGAAAGAAUAAAAGAGGUGAUCGUGGCUCAACCGAAGACGAACCAAGAAAUCCGAAGAAAUCCAACAUGGCGGCCGAGGAAAACAUUGAUGUUGAAGAAUCGAUUGAAGCGGGCAAGGAACAAGAAGAGCCUAGCCUUCUUGAAAUCAAGGCUCUACUGGUCGACAUACAAAUCCAAAUAGCUGCAGUUCUUAGCGAAAAUCGAACGCUGAAGAAGGAAAUCGAAGAAUUAAAAGAAUCUGCCAACUUCUACGAGAAGGAGCUUAAAAAGAUUUGAAAGAGUCCUUGCAAAAGACCAAGGACGAAUACAAAGAAUUAAAACACAUGCUAGCCUCAACAAGGAACGAGCUUAAAACAACAAAGGAGAAUCUAGGAAAGCAAAAAGAAGAAUCCGAUCGACUGUGGGAACACCAUGAUGAUUUGGAACAAUACACUCGAAAGAACUCGCUGGAAAUCCAUGGAAUUCCAGAAGAUGCGUAUCCCAGUACGGAGGCCGCGGUCAUCAAGGUUGCUGAAGCCCUAAAUAUCACCAUAGAGCCUGAAGAAAUAGAGAUUUCACACAAGCUGAAUCGGGGCAAAUCCAUUAUAGUGAAAUUUUGCAAUCAUAAAGUGAAAUCGAAACUUUACAAAGAACGCACCAAACUAAAGGAUGUCAAAAUCAAAGAUCUAUUUCCCAGCUACCCUUCAAAUGCACAGGAACGACAAUGUAUUUUUAUAAACGAGAACCUCACGGCUUAUAGGCGUAGAAUCAUGAAAGAAGCGAACAAGAGAAGACAAGAGGGUACUCUACUCAGUGUUUGGUCUUUGGAUGGUAAGAUUUUUGUUAAGACAUCACCCUAUGGCUCCCCUGUUAGAAUUUUUUCCGAAGAGGACUUAGAUCAAUUAUAAACUGAACAGGCAAAAUAAUCUACGUUAAGUCUGGAGAGGGACGUCUUAUCAACCAUUCAAAUUUCUCGCUGCCAAAGUAAUUUAAUUUUACUAACUACAAAUUUGUCUAUGCUCUGUUUUUUUGUUUUUGCGCUACUCUUUUUAUUUAUUCAAAGUGUUAUUUUGUUUAAUUUACCUUUUGUGAUCAUUUGCUUCAGUCUAAUAUUAUAUGCACGUUUUAGUCUUCAUUAUUUGUUUAAAAUAUCGAGUACCUUUUGCAUCAAUCAUUUUACACCUAAUAGAAAGAAUGCAAAUCCUUUAUUGAGGCGCACAUGUUUUUUUCCCGUCGAGACAACGUUUAUUACAAAAGACUUGAACAAAUCGUGACUUUGAAAAUAACUUCAUUGAAUGUCAGGGGACUUAGGGAUGACGCUAAAAGAAGAGAAGUAUUUAAUUGGCUUCGCGCCAAAAGGCCAUCAAUAUGCAUGCUCCAAGAAGCACACUGUAUAGAAAAAACAAAUCACUUGUGGAAAGCAGAAUGGGGCUAUCAAGCUUACUUCACCUCUUUUGAAAGCAACAAAGCAGGGGUAUGUAUUCUUUUUAACAAUAAUUUUAACCUUCAGCUCCAAAGACUUUACACCGACCCUGCAGGGAGAUUUAUUAUCUGUGACUUAAAAGCUAACGAAAAGCUUUUGACCCUCGCUAACAUCUAUGCUCCCAACGAAGAUAAACCUUCAUUCUUUCAAAACUUUUACGAUCAUCUUUUAAAUUUUAAAUGUGAAGACAUAAUAAUUGGCGGAGACUUCAACCUUGUUCUUAACAUCGAAAAUGACAAAAAAGGUGGCAUUGCCAAAACUCACCAAAAUAGCUUGAAGACCGUUCAAGAAAUUUCAGAGAACCUAGAUCUUCUCGAUGUCUGGAGAAUUCACAAUCCAGAUGACAAAAGGUACACUUGGAGACAACGACAACCUAAGGUUUACUGUAGACUUGAUUUCUUUUUAAUAAGCCAAAGCGUUAUUGGGGACGUCACUAACACCGAUAUAGUGCCAGGAUAUAAAACAGACCAUUCCAUGAUUACUUUAGAUCUGUCUCUUCAUGCAAAUAGCAGAGGAAAUUCUCCUAAUCUGGUCAGAAAUCAAUUUUGAAGAGAGGAUAACAUCAGAGAGCCAGCUUUCAGAACAAGGCAUAUGGUACAACUCACUUGUAAGGAUUAACGACAGCCCUAUUUUCUUUAAAGAAUGGUAUCGUAAAGGCAUCACAAAAGUUAAGCACUUAAGGAACAGAGAAGGAAAAUUCCUCACUCCACCAGAACUUUUAAACAAAUACGACAUCAAGGUCCAACCCUUGGCAUACUGUGGAAUAAUUUCUGCUCUUAAAAAGCUAUGCAACACAUUCAACCAAGGUGACCACACAAACGAAGGUAAUAGUUACGAAAGCUUUUCGACAAAACUAAUGAAAGCCCAAAAAGCAAGCAAGUUGGUGUAUGACAAAUUAAUUACAAAGAAAAGUGCCCCCCCUACUACAAGCCAGCAAAAAUGGAAUCAAGACUGCAACUUAGGUCAAAACGAAAUAACGUGGGGUGCGACCUACCAGCUAGCUCAUAAAAUCACAAAAAGCAUAAAACUCAGGGAAUUUCAAUUUAAAUUGCUGCACAGAAGAAUACCAACAAACGCUUUCUUAACUAAGAUAAGAGUAAAAGAAAACUCCAACUGCUCCUUUUGUAAAAAAGAACCAGAAAAACUCGUACACCUUUUCUGGUCCUGUCCCAAAACGGCGCUCUUCUGGGAGAGCAUCAUAACGCGUUUAAAACUUUGCCAAAUUAUUCCCGAUAGUUACUCUGCAGACAUGACUGUUUCACUAGGCCUGAGAUCAGACUCUUCUAAACUUCAACGCCAGAUCAACUUUUGUUUUCUUAUUGCCAGGCACUAUAUCUGGCUCUGCAAAACAAAAGAAGCUAUACCUCUAUUGCAAGGAUUUCUCAAACACCUAAAGACAAUUUACAACAUACAAGCACAAGCAGAAGCAAACAAUGCUCUGCCCAAACAAUGGUCAUUCCUACACGACAUCACGUAGAAACUAUCGUUUCUACCAUGGCGCUAUUCCCAACGCCCCCUGAUAUUCUCUAUGUCUUUCAUCCGUAGCUUAUCCUGCCUCAAUAACGCCAACUAUCCUUAAAUAAGUUUCUUCCGAUGCAACUGUGUACUUGAAGCAUACGAAAUGUAAUAAUGUUUGAAAACAGUAGUAUUGUUAGCAAUGUAAGCAAUAAGUAUUGUCAGUAUUGUAAGUAUGGUAUGAAUGUUGUAAAUAAUGUAAGCAGUGUAAGCAGUGAAAAAAAAAAAUAAUAAAAAAAAAAAUAAAUAAAAAUAAAAAAAAAAAGUUCUUCAUAUUAAUUUUACGGUUAGCAAACAUACGAGAAUGUUUGUACUGAUGGUGAAAAGUAAUGUGUUCUUCAUUCAAUUUAAAAAAUGGGGCCAAUUCAUUUUAGGGUGACCUAUUUAAAGGUUUGAUAAGGUACAUGCAUAAAUAGAAAGUUAAUAGGUUGGGAUCGUAUAAAUUACAUAUUUGCCCAAAAGUGACAAAGAUGGGGUCUACAAUAUUUUAUUGGCCACAGAAUAGACUAUAAUGGGGUAGGGACUCUGAGACGCCAGAGGCACAUACCCAGCAAAAAUUAACCCAAGUACACCCCUAACCCCCCCUUUGUUAUUUUUCUUUUGGUAGCCUGUGAUCUUUAACUUAUUCAAUGUCUUUCCUUCCUUUUACAGAAUAACAAAAUAAUAACUGCAUCAGACAAUUCUGUCCUGGCCUUUACUUUUCCAGAGGUACAUCUAAUUUGAUGUAAUAUUACUUCAGGUUUAGUUGAUUAUGAUGUUAGUAUUAUUAAAUUUUCUCUGUCAUUUGGCCAGUUUUUGUAAACUUGAGUUAUUUCCUUGUUUAAAUUUCAAUAAAAUGUGGCUUUGGCAUUUUUGUCUUUAUGUAUGUGUUGUAAUUAAUUAGUAUUUUUCUUUUGUGUCAAAUUCAUUAGCAUAAAUUACCAUACCCAAAAACAAAAGAAAAACAAAAAUUACCUGAGGUAAAAAAUAACUACAACAUAUACAUUUACUGUUAAUUUUCCAAUAUUUCUUGGGAAUAGAAGGCCUUUUCAAGCUAACAUUAAUUUUGUCUGAUUUUAGUCUAAGUUUGGGUUACCAGGGUCCAACUGUAUGCAAGAUUCUUUUUAAAGAAAAUGAUUUAAAACUAAAUUGAAUACAUUAAACACAUGUAUAUAUGUGUACAGAUACAUGUAUAAAUUAUGUGUACAGUGUAUGUAUUUAAUGAUUAAUAUUAAAAUGAUCUUUGUGUUUGUCUCAGGGGUCCCCUGAUGGAAUCCUUACCAGGUUUACAGCUCCUGUCAAUCAUAUUUGCUGUGACCACUCAGGGACACUUCUGGCAGCGGGAUCAAGGUGCAGUGAUACAUAGCAUAAAAUGGUCUUCUCUCAUGUUUGUCUUUCAGUAUAAUGUUUAGUUCUCACACACAACUGGAAGCCAUGCCAAGCUGACCAUGCAGCCCGACCUUUAUUAUAUCAACACUAUGAAUCAUUAGUGUUACAGCACCAAAAGACAGCUAACAAAACAGCAGAAACUCAGCCUAGAUACAAUAGAUUAACAUACAAGAAUAACCCGAACUAAGGCACUACUUGAAAUCCUGCAACCCAAAAAACACAUGGAGGGUGGGCGGGGAAGGUCAGGCAAUGGCGGAAGGCAACAAAAACAACUGAACUAUGAAACGCCAGCCCACGUGACCUGAAGACCCCCUGCACACUUGAACCCAUACUCCCAGCCAUGUGUGCGAAAAAUGUUUUCCGUUUCUUUCGUUCCUCAGCCAGUGGAAAACCACACUUCCUGUUAAAGUGUGAUCAUCAUCAACUUUCUCCUAACACUACCAAUACAUAUCAAGAGGUAAGGUUGUGAUAGGAGGCAGGAUGGUCAAGUGGUCAGCACGUCGGACUGGCAAUCUGGCAGUCCUGGGUUUGAGUUUUGCUCUGGCCACUUUGCUGGAUUUGUUCUCGGUCGUCCUGAAUUCAGAUCCUUGGCCACGCUUGUAAAUAGCCAGCUGGUUGCCUCCUCCCAGUUGGGGUUCUUAAUCAUGUUAUGAUUAUUUGAAUUAUUUAUUUCUGAUAUCAUCUGAGUGGAGUGCAUGUAUGCUUGCUGAAUAAGCUGAAUAAGCUAUGCUAAGUCAUGUAAGUUUACUUUCCAACAUAAAAUGAUGAAAAAUCUGCUUCAAAACAACACAUCUCUCUACCUUCAUGGAAGCUACAGUACUUAACCCAUUCGCCCCUGAACCGCCCGUAACCGCCCGUGCGGAUCCAGGUCCUUUCUACCCUUUGUGACGUCAUCAGUUUUAACGGUCAAGGACAACUUUCUUCGCACACGUGUGCAGAGUGAAGAGAUCUUUCAAACCAUACCAGAAUGAGCACAAUUCAGUCAAGGACACCGGAGAAAGAAGCAAAAAACCACGUGACAAGGACCUGAAAAUCUCCACGAAAAUCUUGUUCCAUUACCCACCUACCUUUCCUUUCACCUAAUCCUAAGAUCCUAAAAGCUUUCCUAAAAACUCUUCCCACCAAAAUGAAGCCUACUAAAUGCCCAGCAAGAGAAAAAAAAAAUGAGGCAAGAAAAGCGAAAAAAAGAAGGGAGGAGAGAAAGCGAAAAGUAAAAGUCAAGACUGCUGUGUCACUUUUAAACUGCGCAUGCCCGAACUUCGCAAGCUGAUAUUUUGCAUCUGGAUCAGAAGGCCUCCAAGUGUACGACCUGUAAACCGGUUUGUGGUAAGUUUUAGCUCUUUAUAGCACGACAGUGACCAGAAAACCACUCGACUAGCUUCAAAACGCGUUUUUCAGCAAAAUCUCCCGGAGCGAAUGGGUUAAUAAUAAUAUUUAUUAUUUAUAGUUCACAUGUUUUAUGAAAAUAGUCAUAAGACCAUAUGAUACAACUGUAAAGGGUGACUUAAGGUGAUUUGAAGGAAAAGGAAUCCUUUAAUAUCAUACUGGAUAAAUAUUGAUUUACCGGUACUUACCAGCAGCAGCAUAGUUAAUUUCAACAAUUGAAAUAAAAGCUAUAACUACAAUUAUUGUACACUUUAAUUCUAAUUUUGCAGUGAUUUUAAUGUGAAAGUAGUGACCGUGGCUGAUGGAAGUCAAAAGAUACUCAAAGGUCAUGCAGCUCCUGUGUUGAGUGUUACAAUAGACCCCAAGAACCAGUACCUGGUAAGUUAAAUUUUAUUUUUUUUAUUUUUUUUAUUUUUAAUAAAAAAGACAAAUGAAGGGCUCUGUCCAAAAACUUCUUCUUCAGGCUUUUCUUUUAUCUGUUUAUGGCCUGUAAGCUUCGUACUCGGGUCAUAAAAUUAGAUAAAUAAAAACUUGGUCUGUGAUUUACAGUAUAGACCUCAAACUAGAGGUAUGUUUUUUUAUUGUUUAAUUUAGGCUUCAUCAAGUUGUGAUGGUACUGUGAAGAUAUGGAAACUGGAGGAUCAGGUUAGACAUUUUAUUUGCCAUGUAAUUUUGGAUCUUCAACUUUAAACAUGCAAUUUCUUCUGUCUGGUGUAAUGAAUACAAUUUAACUAGUAAAGCUGGGAGAUUUGUUUAAAUUAAUAAAAGCAGCUUUUACUGUAUUUGUUAUGUUUUAGCUAGACAAUUUUUUCCUUUUAAGGUGCAUAUGUAUUUUUAUUAUAUAAACACCAAUGAAAUACCAGGUGAGCUUUCACGCAAAAACAUGAUAUCUUCACACGUGAAAAUAACAUGUUAUUCUCACAUCUGAAAAUAUCACCAUUGCUAUGGCUACAUAAUAAAUCGCGCCUUUCGCAGGAAAAAACUGGUUCAUUGAAAUGGUUUGGUAUUUCAUUGGUGUUUAUAUAAUAAAUAGAACAUACAUGGCCGCUUGGAGAUACGAAAUUUCUCUUCAACACUCAAGAAGAAAUUUCGUAUCUCCGCACGGCCAUGUAAUAUCCUCUAUGUAUCAUUCUUUUACAGACGAGUGUGACAUCAUUAUCUAUCCUUCCUAAAGUAAAUGAUGCAAGGUGGGCAUUCUACAUUGUAUGAUUCUUGUAUGAUUUCACAGUUUUAAAAUGAAAAAAUUUUUGAAAAAUAGUGAUUAGUCAGCUAGCUUUUUUCUGUAAUGAAAAAGGAAAUGAAAUGAAGCUGUACCAUGAAGAAAAUAGACAACUAAAUAUUUUUUCUUCUUUUGAGAGGACGCUUGACAAUGGUACAAAAAAAUUUUGUCUUUUUAGUAAAAGUGGGGAAAAGGUAACAUCUUGAAAGAUGUUGCUUUCUUAUUAGAAAUUUUUCCUUUGAAUGAGCCAUUAUAUUUUUAUUCCCACCAUAAUAACCCAUUUAUUGUUGAAAAUUAAUGGCAUUUGCUAAUACAUAUAGAAACUCAAGGAAAGUACACAAAAAUGUAUCAGUAAUUGCAUGAAAAAGAUUUGCAGUGGUCAUACAAGGAUUUGAAUAUUCAUUUAUCAAAUACAGUUAUCAAUUAGCCAGGAAUAUUAUCUGGUAUUAUUGAUUUAUAAAAAAAAUCGUAACAUUUCCUUAAAGUUGUAUUUCCAAGCCAUCUAUUUACCUGGCAAUUGGAAAUCUUAGUGACAAACCUGAUCAUUCAAUAAAAACUAGAUAGCAUAGGCAAAUUAAAAAUGUUCCUAAACACAGGAUUUGACUAAAAUACAUCAAUUAGGCAGGUAAUCAAUCACCUGGGGAUUUCUUUUGGUUCUAUAUUUCUUCUACUUUCCAAUAAAAGUAGCCGGGGACCACACCCAUAGUAGCCGGGGAAAAUCCCUGGCCCCUGGCUCUCAGUGACAGCCCUGAUGAUUAAAUCUGGCUUGAUUAUAUUGCAGGAUUUCAAAGACACUUUGUCGUCUUGCCUGGCAGCCAGGGAGUGGCAAGGUAUUGACAGUGUAGUCAUCCAAAUGCUUAUUUUCAAUGACUUACAAGUUAAUAAAAUUAUUUUAUUAACUUGUAAGUAGUUGAAAAUAAGAAUUUUCAGUAAUGAAAUUAAUUGCAGUUCAAAAUUUGACAGGGAUCUCUUUGUAUCUCCUUUAGUCAUACUUGUUAAAAUGAGUACUUUAAGGAUAAUCACCUGUCACCUAACUAAAGGAGAAAUGAGUUUUGUCCUUGAAUACAUGUACUGAGGUGCUGUUAAUGUGUCAAAGUUUUGUGUCAGUAAUACUAGUUGUUCAUGUAAGUGUACGCUGGUCGACUACUGAUAAACCUCUAGAUUCUCCUUGCCCAGCAUUAUUAUAUACCUGUGAGUCAAAAGAAGAAUUCCUUUUUAGAUCAGGAGUCAAAGAGAGCCUUGUUUCACACAUCCUAUGAUUUUCUUUGGUUCAUCUGAGAUCAGGUUUCCUCUUCACUGUGAAUUUAAGAAAUAAAACUGCUGCUUGUUAAACUGACCUGGUAUGUGAUAUAAAGGUGGAUAUAUUUAUGAUCUGUGAGUCUUGGCUAAAAGUAAAUGAUUCAGCUGUUCUGAGUGAGCUCAGUCUGCCAGGAUAUAAAGCUGAUCUCUACCAUUGUCCACAAGCUGACCGGACUGGUGGUAGGACAGCACUUUUAUCCAGCGAUGGUAUAGAGGUUGUCAAAGUACUUCCAGUGACAAAAUCGUCAUUAGAGGUUUCUAAAUGGUUGGUCAGUACGGGGGCAACACUUUUUCGGGUUAUUGUUGUGUAUAGACACCCAGUAUCCACAAGCAUCUUCAUCAAUGAGUUUAUGGACUACCUUGAAUCAGUUUUCAUGUCUAGUGAGCCAUUGAUCUGGUGGUUUUAAUAUUUAUAUGGACAUGUCUCACAAUCCAGAUACCAUAUUAUCUUACAUGUAGAGGAAUUGAAUUGAUUGACAAAAAGAAAUAAAGACUGUAUGACACUUUUACCACAAAGGAUAUUUCCUGGAAACUUGUGUCUCUCGCAAAAGGAAUGCUAGGCUUGCACAUGCAUGUACAGCGUGCAAAGAAAGUACUGUCCGAUAGCCCGGGGCUAGUGGAUUUUGCUAUCGGGCUAGUGAAUUCUGUUUUUACUUGCCCGACGGGCAAGUGAUGUUUUAUGAGGAAUUUGAAGAACAGAAGAACAAAACGUUUUGGGGGCUGGUUGAAAUGACGUCUGGGCUAGUAAGUGCUAGCUUCAGCUUGCCCGAAUGGCAAGCUGUAAAAAUGAUUUUCUUUGCACCCUGAUGUACUUUCAGUCCAGUCGUCAUUGGCAUUGCGUUGAUUUUCUUACACUGUAUACCUGCCAACAUUUCUUGAGUCAAAGGCAUAAGAUUAUUAUCCUGUAAGUGCCAGGAAUUUUCCCAGGGCAACCCAAUCACAUCCUAAGAUGUACAUGUGUAUUCUGAAGAUUUCUGAAGGCAUUCUUGUACAUUGUAUGAGGUCCAGAGUUCUCAAGGAAAUGAUCUUGCCCCAUAAAGAUCUCUAGAACUGGAGAUUUUGGAGAAAUUACAAUCAUUCACAUAGACUUUCCUUUUCUUUCAUUGAUUCUAGUAAAAAUGUAUUUCUCAAAAAUGUGUCAACUAGCUAUAUAUUUUUAAUAGCUCAAAAUCCAUUUUUCCGCUAGGCAUAAUAAAUUCAUUGGCAGGCAUGAGCAGUCUUGAGACUGACUUUUCCUGCAGGCCAAAGACUCGUGGCCAGAGGUUGCACAUUUAGCUUACAGUAGCCUGACACUACAUUCUAUUUUUGAAUUAAUUUUGAAUAAUUUUUUUCUGGAAAUAAAUUGCAGUAUGUAGCUGUGCCUGUGGACAAAGCUGUGAAGGUAGUAAUAAUAAAAUCAUAUUUUAUAAUAAAUGAUAAAAAAUCAUUAUAUUGCAUAUUGCCGCUGGCCUCUCAAACCUACCCCAUUAUAGGCUAUUCUGUGGCCAUAUUAUAGACCCCAUCUUAGUCACUUUGGGAAAAAAGUUAUUUCCACAAGCCCAACCUAGUCACCUUCUGUUUAUGCAUUGAUCUACCUCAUAAAGCCUUUUAACUUGGUCAUCCUAAAAUGAACAUUCGUUAAACUUAAUGUGGUUUAAAUCUUUCUAUUUUUAAAUCCUAACAUACCUGAAUGUUCUGACCCCAAAAUCCUGAAAAUGUGCGACCCCAUUUUAGUACCUCUUAUAAAAAAUGCAACCCCAUAAUAGUCAAUCCAGUUUUGAAAAUGCGACCCCAUCCAGUGGCACAAACCCAUUAGCCCACCACUAGGAAGUACCCACCCCCCCCUCCCCGGGAUUUUCCCCUAUUAUUAUUUUUGACGGGGUUUUUGAUCCCCCGUUCCCCUCUCCUUUGCCCCAUUUCUUUCUGUCAAAUACAAUGUAUUUCAUUGCAAGACUGUCUGGCUGGGUGGUGGGUUGUACACAUAAUGGUGUUACUCUACAUAGAGAGGCUGCCUGCUGAAAGUGGAAACCCCUGAAUAUUCCAGCCUUCCUUAAGCGAUGCUGUUGUUAACUGACCAAGUUGGAUCCUGUCUCUCGCAUAAUUAAAAUGUAAUUGUCUCACAGAGACUGAACUUUUGACAAUAAUGAUGUUAUGGUCAUUAUUAAUUAUGGGCUUUUUUGGUUAAAUGUUUGUUUUCAAGGGCAUGCUCUAGCAUUAGUAACUUUGCAACAUGGUCGUUUAAUUUUACCGGUACAGACACAACAUUUUUUAAGGUUUUUGCCCCAGCUUAAUGUUAUCAGAAUCAACCAGUUUGGAAAAUAAAAAUUUGUUAUUCAGCCUUGACUGUUUGCUCUUGAUUCUAGGUUUAUGAACGGGAAAGCUGGAAAAAUGUCUUUAACCUAGACAAAGAUGGCCACAGUGAGGUAUUUGUAUAGUCCCAUGUCAAUUUAAUAAGAAUCUUCUAAUCUUCAAGCAUAACAAUAAAAAUAGCAGAAUUUUGAUACAGUAAGUUUUUAAUACUCUGAUGUUUUCAGUUAGUGUCUAUUGUUUCUUGGUCACCCUGUGGAAACUUUAUUGCAUCUGCAAGUAUCAAUGGAGAGAUCUUCAUUUGGAAAGUGUCUUCCCAAACAGUCAUAGAAAGGUAUUUUAUAUACUGAAUCAUUUUUUGUUAUAUUAUUUAUAACCAUUUUUACCCUUUUCAGUGCGUUUUGGUAGAGUACAAAGCCAGUAUUUCAUCACAAUAAUUAUUGAAUGGCUUCAUGCAAAAAUGUCUCCAAAUUGGAAAUGACGGGACCAGCAGCGGAGUCAUUAUGAAGCUCUUUACGUGUUAUUACACAAUGAGAUUCAAAAGUACUCAACAUCCUCUUUGUUUUUUUUUUUUUAUCUAAGCUGUUCUUGCUGUUUCUCUUUUUUUUUUCUUUGUCAGAAUAAACCACGAAAGUGGUCAAACUAUAUGUGGCCUGGCUUGGAAUCCUAAAGGCAACAAGGAACUUGCUUACACAGACAACCAGGUGAGUUUUUACUUAACAGUCUUAAUGUAAAUCAGAGUUCAUCGCUUAGUAGACAUUCAUCGCUUAGUAGACACAACUUAUUAGAUGACUGUAGCUGUACUACUGUAUGUCCAUGAAGUGUUGACAUCAAGUGUCCAUAGUUGCCAAGCAGUGGACCACUUUUUCCUUCAAGUCUUAAGAGUGACCAACAUCAAUUUUCUCCUAACAAAUUUCAGUAUAUUGUCACGUAGAAAGAUUAUGAGAAUUAAUGAAAUGAUCACUAAAGAAAAUAUGCUUUGAUCUUUUAACAAAUUCUCUCAACCAAUUUUUCAAGAAAUGUAUGGAGGCCGGUCUGGAGAAUUUGUAUGUUGAUCUUGGGGCUUAAGGGGUUAAAGGGGCUAUGUUAUGUAUGCUAUUUGCUAUCUUUUAAUAAAGCUAAAACGUUUUUGGCAUCCAUUGAAUUCCAAAGAUUUGGUCCAGUAUUGUCAUUCAAGACCAUAUAAGUUAGGUAUUGGAACUGUUUCCUGUUGCCUGUUGCCUGUUGCAAUGAAUGGCAAGGAUGGCAAGGAUGGAUGUAGAUUGAAACUAGACAAAGUUAAGCUUACUUUUUAUUGAAAAAACAGUGACUUGUACCUGUGAUCUGUGGAACCUGGCCUGAAAGGAAGUGUUGAUUGCUUGUUUGUUUUCCUGACAGGGCCAGUUUGGUGUAUGUGAGAAUGUUGUGCCAAAGGAUGAAGUAAGUAAACUGCAAAAAAUAAUCAUUAUUCUAUCUAACCUGAUUUAUGUCAUCUUUUUUUGCUUGGCCGUUUUCAGUAGCUGGCUAAUGCAACCAUCUGCUAUGGUGGCAACAGAGGUUCAGACAGAGUUAAACUUGCCACAAUGGUUCACAAUGAAUGUGAGCAUUGAGGCAAUUUAUUAUUCCUUUUGUUGUUGACAACAUGAUUUUUUUUGUAAUCCUCUCACGGUGGAAUGUGGAAAUAUCAUUUAAAAAAUUAACUUGUCAAUAAGAUAUGCACUUAAGAGCCUAGUACCAGGCAUGGGGAAGAGGUAUCCAGCGUAAUCUGUUUCGGACAGUACCAAAGGCACAGAAUGAAAUACUUAAUACACCCAGUACUUACCAAAGGGAAGGUGAAGAGGGGAAAAGCCAUAAAAUUAAGCAGGCUAAAGAACCUUACUAAGGGAAUCAAGUGUGUAAUUACAAAUACAGAACACUAGAAGGCUCCUACAGAGUGUGAACCAGUUAGGGGAGAGGCCACUGACCAACAAUGCCUCACGUUUAAUCUUGCCCACAUGUCAUUCAGCCACAUGGACUAACUUUCUUUAGGUCAAAAAAUUAUCACACAACAGUGGAAAACGCUUGGGCACCUAAAAUUAGGGCACAUGGACUGCUCACUAGCCAAUUUAAAUUUUGGUCUGUUUGUAAAAAUUAAAGAUCAUUGGAGUGACGUGGAUACUUUGAACAUUUUUAAAGAAUACAUGUAACUUUAUUCUUUACAUUGAUCUAUAAUGGUGAUACUCCCAAAGCUUAAAACCUCCAAGCCCGCUACAUCUUUGGAUGACAAAGUGGAUGACAUCCUGGUGGCAACAGCCAUGGAUGGAGACAGUGAUGAUGAACAACUAAUUGUUGGGAAGAAAAAACAGAAGAGCAAGUCUAAUGCUUGGAUUGAUGAGGAGGCUGAUGAUGAUGAUGAGGAUGAUGAAUUUAAAGGUAAUCCAGUGUUUCAGGGUUGUCACUAAGAUUUCAAGUUGCCGGGUAAACACAACAAGUAGGCGGGGAAAUCAAACAGCUAGGAAUGUUGUUUGGUUCUAUUUUCUUCUAUUUUCCAAUAAAAGUAGCCAGGGGCCACACUCAUAGUAGCCAGGGAAAAUCCCCGGCCCCCGGCUCUUACUGACAACCCUGGUGUUUGGAGGAAAAAAUUCAGAGUUCCUUUUUCUAAUAAAUAUUUCCUAAAAAUUCAUUUGCCAGCUCCUUAAACCAAAGCUGAAAAUACAUUGUAUGGCCAAGUCACUAUUAAUUUUUGGCUGGACAAAACAUUAGAUUAGGUCAACCUUAAUCAGGGACACUAUCUUAAAUGAAUGUUUCACUUAUUUUUGCCUUCCCGUCGUUCAUAUGGUAAGUGACUUAGUUUACAUUAAAAACUGCAAAGUGCCUCAAAGGUUUUGUUUUUAGUUAGCAUUAAAUGUUAUUUGUAAAAAAGCCUUUUUGAAUUAAUAUUCUCAAACUCAUUAAUCAUUGAUGCAAUCCAAAGCCAAGUAAAAUGAUGACCUUUUGGGUUAGGUGGAUUAAUCUUGAUACCUCCAGGUGACACAGCCUUUCAUCUGAGAUGAAACAUGUUUUUCAUCUGAGACGAAACACUUACAAGCAUUUUUUAAAAUGACAUGUUUUAUUGAUUAACACAACUCAUGAAAACAAUGCAACCAAAGAAAACAUGUCACAGCUUACUUUCUUAUUGUUUUACUUGAGAAGAUUAUCAAAAACUUGCCGGGCUUUGUGCUUCAUCUCGAUCUCACUCAGCCUAUUGCUCUGUGCUUUUAUCUGUUUCUUGGUGUUUGGAAACUACGACGAAGCACUCACCCUUGUUUUUGAUAUAAUUAUUACUUAUUUUCAUUAGAUAUUCGCAAACUAAAGGCUGCUCUAGCAACACCAUUAAACUUUGGUGACGGUGACAAUGACAUGGAUGUUGAUACUGGCAGUGAAAUGUCUGCAGCCCAGGCUCCAAAGAAGGUGAAUGCAACUUCAGUAAAAAAUGGUUUAUCAAGAAAGUGAUUCAGGAAUGGAAAAUUUAACCUGGGUAAUAAAAUAAGGAAGAUGUAUAAUGGUUAUUAUCUUGUGAGCGUGGGGCAAGAAAUAUGGUAUCACAGGAUGCUGUGGGAUCUGAACCAGGGCACAAUUUUUUUUAAAUUUUAAAUUCUAAAGCUUUUUUGACUUGAAACAUAUCCUUUGCAAAUAAAUCAGUUUGAAUGUAACACAGUGUCUUAGCGAGCUCUACAUUAAUAUUAGGCCAUUCAUAUAACAUGCCACUGAAAUAAUUCUUUGUUGCAGUACAUGGACAGAGAUAAGGUAACCAAAAAAGUUAAACAGUUACAAAUCUGCAGUGGGUAGAGUUAAAUGGUGAACAGAAAUAAAAGACAUGUUCAUUUGUCACAUCAGUUUUUAAGUAUGUAUUUUCUGGGACAAUCAAUUAAAGCAAGUAGAGAAGAAAAAGAUUGUUAGAUUUGGUGUGUACUUACAGUCCCAAAAGAAAUGCAAUUAUACAGUAUUAAAUUGUAGUUCAUAUUUUGCUACAGGAAGUAGUCCAUACUCCAUUUGUUCCAGUGUUACAGCCAGCAUUCCAACCAAGCUCCACCCCCACUCAUCUAAUGCACAGGUUUAUGGUAUGUACUACACUGAAAGUAACAAAGCCCAGGAUUUAUCUUAUCAACAAAUAAAAAGAUAAGGGUGAUUGAAGCCACUCACAUACUCAACAGCCAGUAAAAUGCGUAACAUCACUUUUCAACUUGUCUUGCAGCAAUGUUGCAAAACAAAUUGCAUGUUUUUGUUGCCUGUCCUACCAUUCCUUUAAGUAUGCUGGAGCCAUCAUUCAGCCAACAUCGUCUGGGUUUUGACUUUGUCGUAAUUACAUUUAGCCACAUUGAUAGGCAAUGAUCUUUAUACGAACUUCAUCAGGGUACUGAACAUAGAUUAAAAGGACUGGGCAAAUGUAACCACUGGAGAACUUUGGAUUUGUGACUUCCCUAUCUUGAGUUCAAUUAAUAGUUUGUUUUUUUUUUUCUACUUGAAUUUUUUAUUAAGGUAUGGAAUUCAGUUGGAAUUGUGCGUUGUCACACGGAAGAUGAAAUAUCAUCAAUUGAAGUAGAAUUCCAUGAUACAAGCACACAUCACCCCCUGCAUUUGACAAAUCAUCUCAAUCACUCCAUGGCUGCUCUGUCAUCCACUGCCCUGCUGUUAGCCUGCAAAGCACAGGAUGAUUUGCCCAGGUAGCAUUGUUACAGCGUGCAAAGAAAGUAGUGUCCGAUAGCCUUGGGCUAGUGGAUUUUGCUAUCAGGCUAGUGAAUUCUGUUUUUAACUGGCCCAACGGGCAAGUUAAGUUUUUUGAGGAAUUCAAAUUACAGAAGAACUGUAAGAUCAAUCCUGCUCAUCAAAACGUUUUGGGGGCUAGUUGAAAUGAUGUUUGGGCUAGUAAAUGUUAGCUUCAGCCUUCCCGAAUGGCAAGAUGUAAAAAUGACUUUCUUUGCACCCUGUUGUUAUAAAGAGAUUUUUAUGAACUUGUCUUGUUUUAUUUGUUUGUGAUGAGCUGGUUACGUGAUUUGUACUGUCUUGGUUUGAAGGGCUGGCUUUUUUGCUAAGAACUCAACAUGCCUCUUAACAAAAAAUGACAUUUUUGUUUUUGAUUACAUGGCAAUCAAUCCAGCCCCAUUAACCAAGAUUCUUGUAUUGCGACGUCUUCUGUGUGGGAGAGUUGACUAAUUUUUGUAGAUCAAACUUUCCAGUUGCUUAGCUUGAACUUAGAACUUAACACGUUUUCAAAUUCUUAGGCUCUUUUCUAGUGACCUUUGCAUAGAAAAGUAUCACAGGCUUUUGUUCCAUGGUUACAUUCAGUCUGAUGAAGGAACAGUAAAAUGUCUAAAAAUGUCUAAAAUAUUCUAACUUUCAGAGCACCCCAAGCUACCCUUUCACUAACAUUGUUCCCUUUUCAGACAUUUGAGCCAAAAUUUGACUCACCCCUUGCUGGUUCAACUUAAGGGGGCUCUGAAAGUGAUCUCAGUUUGAGGGGGGAGUGUGAGCAAUUUUUGUUUCUACUUCUUAUUUGCUCUUUUAAAGCUUGCUUAACCUGAAACAAGCUGCCUUUAUUGUCUACUAUUCUCUGCCUUGUCCAAAUUAAAAGAAAUAAAUUUUUCAUUUGGACAUACAUAUUGAGAAGGAUUGAAAUUAAUAUCCAAGGAACAGAUGCACAUCGUAUUCUUGUUCUGCUUGGGUCAAAAGAAGUGAAUUUUGUGGAUAUAAAGGAAAAAUUGAUACUAGAUUUUUAUCUCAUGUUAAAUUUUUAAUUAUAGAGAGUAAUUUUUGAACAUAAUAUAUUGGAUUUGAUUGCUUUGCAGUAAGCUAGUUUGCCUCCAUUUUGGAAGUUGGGAUAAUUCUAAAGAAUGGACAGUGGAAAUGCCUGGGGAAGAAUCAAUUCAGGUAUUUUUUUAUUUCCACCAGAAAAUGAAUAAGCCCUUGUAAAAUUGCUUGCUCUGGUAUGGAUAUUGUUUUGUUAGCUGCUUAAAAUUCAGACAUUUGACAUCCAUCUUGAGACAAAGGAGCUGUUUGAUUGAAACUGUUGAGCUGGUCCUAAAUGCAGUGUAAAGUGGACCUCCAUUAUUACGGGCCGGGGGGGUGGGGUACUUCCUUAUAAGAGGCUAAUGGGGAUGUGCCGCUAGAUGGGAUCGCAUUUUCACGACUGGAGUGACUAUAAUGGGGUCGCAUUUUUAAUAGAGUUACUAGAAUGGGGUCGCCGAUUUUCGGAUGUUUUGUGUCAAGACAGUUCUUCAUAGUUACGGUUAGCAAACGUAACCGAAUGUUUGUACCGCAGAUGAAGAAGUAAAGUGUUCUUCAGUCAAUGUAAAAAAUGGGUCCAUUCAUAAAAUAGAAAGUGACUAAGUUGGGAUCGCGAAAAUAGCAUAUUUGCCCAAAAGUGACCAAGAUAGGGUUCUAUAAUUGGCCACAGAAUAGACUAUAAUGGGGUAGGGGUUCUGAGAGGCCAGCGGCACAUACCCAGCAAAAAUUAACCCAAGUAUCCCCCUGGGAUUACGGGCACCCUCGAGACUGAGACUGUCAUUAAUUACAGAAACCGGUCGUUUCCAUACAAAGUCGUUUCGAUCCGAACUCAAGCAGUUAAAUUGCACAAAGAUUUCGUUCACUUCAAGUAAAGUUUGCAAUUGAACAAGAAAAACAUUUUGGGUGAAUAUUCUUCGUUCUUUAAGCCACGUACGUGAAAGUAUUUACACCUCGAAGGAAUUAACUUGUAUCGAAACGACUUGCAUCGAAACGACCGCUUUUUUAUUUUAGUCAAGCGUCUGUAGUUUGUUUUUGCCAGGGAUUUAGCUCGUGUCCGGAUUACUUGAGUGACAUAAUAGCAAGGUGUCCAGUCAGAUAGAAUGACAAAUUGAUCACCAAAGAAAAAUGUUUAGAGCCCCAUGGCAUUGGCUACACAAAAAACGGGUUUUGACUAACUAAUAGUUAAACUUAUCAAUAUAUCUCAAAUAAGGCUGAAUUACUCACAUUAAAAAGUAGUCUUUGCUUUUCUGUUUGUUUUCCUCCCUGUAAUUCUUGUAUGAAAGCCUAGAAAACACGCCGUCUGAUAAAAACGUGUUCAAAAUUUUCCGCCAGCGUUUAUUAUCCUUGGUAACCAAGCUUUCUAUCUAAUCUCAGGCGUGGGUACUAAGCGCACGAGCCGAAUCUAUCAGGUAAUUCAUGCCGCGCUGCGGUGUGCUUGUUCAAGGCCGUGAACAAGAGAAAUUUGCUAAAGAAGCAAAGUGCUUCAAAGCUAAGGUUGUUGCUUUCACUGUUGAAAGAGUUUAAGAUACAGUGUGUAUUACCAAUACAAUACGCAGCACUAAACUGUUCGACAUUUUACUUACAAAAAUCUGAGUUUGAAAACCGAAACUGCUGUAAUGAUCGGCGCCAUUUUACUUAAGAUAACUCGGAUGUAAAGCGUUUUCAGCUAAAAGAAUCAGUAUUCUAGGAAAAUAAAAAGGUAGUUAAGACAACAAAUUAUUUUUAACAUCCUUGCCCAUGUUUCCACUUUCUGUGAAAUGAAAUGCCUGCAAAUAAAACAAAAAAACGCCCAAGACGUUUGACCGCGGGGGAGAACGCUUGGCGCUCAGUGAGCGUAAAACUUACUGAAUGCUGACAAAAAAUUUUGAACAUGUUUGAAUCAGACGACGCAUUUUCGAGGCUUUUAAAGAAGAAACGCGUAUUAUUUGGCGGGGGGAUGGAGGAGGGACUGGAUUAUAUACAUAUUCUUAGCGAAAAUUACAGUAAAAAGCCUCAUGGAACAUGGGUUAAGCUAUAAAAGUUGUAGACCCGUUAAUCGCUUUUCUCUGAAAAAAAAAAUAAAAUAAAUUCUGCUUCUUCCUAUUUUAAAUGAUGUAUUACCCCUUUUUGUCUCUUGGUCAGUGAGUCGUAACAAUUUUCCAUAAGCCGUCCAGUCCAUAUAUAAAUGUAGGUUUUUAGUACGUUUUUCUUGUAAUUAUCCUACAGGCAGUGGCCAUCGGCAGCUCCUUUGCUGCAGUAGCUACCAACAAGCGAUUCUUGCGAAUAUUUACCAUUGGUGGAGUGCAGCGCCACAUCUUCAGCAUUGCGGGUCCUGUGGUUUGCAUGUCAGGCUACAAGGAUCAAUUGAUGUUUGCAUAUCACAAGGAGAAUCCUCUUCCUGGUGAACAAGCUUUGGCGGUAAAAUUCCUGGACUUGAAACAGAAUCUUAUCACAGAAGAGAGGGUCACGUUGAGCGAGAAGGCAACGCUUUCGUGGUUGGGGUAAGCCUGACAAAAAUGUUUUGCGGUUGUUCUCUAGUACACUGUAAAUCAGAAAGAUCUGUUUUAGCCCUAAAAAUAGGGGCCGCCGUUUCGAUGAGUAAAAUGUAGUCCUUUUUUGGAGGUCUAACUUGGCUCCCUUAAUGAGGGCCAAUACGGUCCAAUUACCUAGGGCUGAUUUGGACCUAAGGGGCCCCAGAGUGGGGUGGAAUAGCCUUUUGAUGGGGCUGUUUUGGCUUAAAUUGUGCUUAAAUGGCUCCAGGAGGGGCUGAAUCAGCCUGCAGGGCUGAAUUGGCACUUUGGGGUUUUUAAUUUUCAUUGUGAUAAGGGUACAACAGGGUCAGAAACGCAAACGUCGAAAGACAUACAGCCAUAACAAGCAAUUAAGCGAUUAAGGUCAUGGAAAACAGGAGAAGGUCACUGAGAAAGUCUUGGAAAAGUCGUGGAAUUUGAUGAGCUCAAAAGAGUACGAAACCGGUAGAAACAAGUGUUUACACCAAUUUAUUCAAAUUCUUUUUAUGUGUUCAAUAAAUUGUGUCUACGAUUUAACCAUUGCUUGCUCUUUUUCAUGUUAGAUUCUCUGAUGUAGGCACUCCAGUUACUGUUGAUUCAGUGGGGGUUGUAAGAGUCCUGUCCCGUUCCUUUGGUACUGCCAUAUGGUCUCCUGUUUGCAUAACUAAGAGCAAUGUAAGUUCUCACACACAUUGAUAUGGAACCGAGAGAAUUAAUUUCGUGCAUUCAAACUCGGAUUUUAAACACCACAAAAUCAUUCAGCCACGGAAAUUUGUUCCCUCCAAACGCCGAAUAAUACAAAGAAAUAGUGGGUGAUAUACGAACAUUUUUUUUCGAGAUACCUCUGCCAAACUGAGGCAGUUUCAGACUCCAUGAAGGUCGUGAGGAAAGCGCAUCGAGAAAAGUUGCGCGAAAACCGCGUGGGGGUUGGGGAGAGACGGUGUAAUAGAACCUGUAAGCAUCGUUUUCAAUUCGUCUUUCCGGUAAACCAAUCCUAUGAUUGGUUAAUUGUGACAGUUUACUUCAACACGUACCUCAGUCAAUCAUUUGGCUUCGCGAGCACAGAGUAUAACAAACAUGUCGAGCAUGUGAAACCCUCCUGCACUGCACCUUUUGACGUUUUGACAUUUGACAUUUUGACGCGAGAAACGGUUUUUCAGAAAGUAGGCGGAUAUUUGAGGUAUUUGAAAAAAUGCUUUCAGGCUCUCCCCUUCUCUAUUCCCGCCGUUUUUCGCCUGUUCGCUAUUUGACUACUCGCUGGCUUGUUUCGCUUGUCCGCACUGAUCGAGAGCCUGGCACAGGCUACCUCUGCCACUAAUUGAAGGAACAUCAUGAUUUCCAGCUUACCUGGCUGCUACUUUAGUUAAUGUCAAACGCUUGCUACAGGGUUAUUUCCGGCGUUCCGGCUAUGUAGUUAUCACUUUUAAACUCGCGCUGCCGAACGUUGAAGUUAUGUUUCUCCACGUAUUUUCGCGUACCAAAGACUUUUUUGUUUUGUUUGUUUUUAACAAGAAAAAUUAAACUGAGUAAUGUUAUUCGACGUUUCGAUGUUUCUAACAUCGUUAUCAAGAAUGUAAUCUGUGAAGUGCCAAAGUUGUUAAAACAGUUGACUUCUUGAUAUUAAUGUUAGAAACAUCGAAACGUCGAAUAACGUUACUCGGUUUAAUUUUUCUUGUUAAAUGCUUUAACAAGUAACUGACCAUCCGCUUUAUUUUUUCAGAUGAAGAAUAAAUCAGACAAUUACUGGGUUGUUGGUUUGGAUGAAAAAAGCCAACAAAUAAGGUGAGUUCUGUUAAGCACAUUUUUGCCUAUCUGUUGAUGUAGGUUAGAAAUCUCAAGUCAGCAGUGAAAUGCUCAGUUUCCAAUGUAUUUACCUUUUGGGUCUUCUGGGGAGUUUUCCUAUUUGGGCCUUUUUUAAUUACUCUGGAAGGUUUUAACAGAUUUUAAUUUGUCAAAUAGGGGCGAAUUUUCCUGGAGUUGAAUUCUAAAGAGUUGCAUCCAAGUUCAAAAAAGACAAAGGAAAAUUUUUCGUGGUGUUUUCACGUCCUCCAUAAAACAUAGGAUUAGGAAGUCUCAGGUAAAAGUCGUGCAGGGCCAGACGUGGAAGAAAAAAAUACCUUAAAGUGUGAUUCAGAACUGUUGUUUUGCUGAUAAAUCUUUUUUUUUUUUUUUCUUUAUUGUUGUCGUUGCCGUCGUCGUUGUUUUUGCUUGAGCUCUCCAUUCAUACAAUUUCGUUAUAUGUCAUCACUCUUGAUUCUUAGGUGCAUCUACUGCAAAGGGUCUUCAUAUCCCCCUACCUUACCACGCCCUGUACUGGUACUGCUCCCAUUACAGCUUCCGUUAUGUGAAAUGGCAACAGAGAAAGGACAGUUAGAGGUACUAUAGGAGAUACGCUAGUACAUUUAACUGCACAUAGUUAUCGUUCAUUAGAAGUAACUGUUAACACGGUAUCAAGGCGUAAGGUUGUCUGUUUAAUUCCUGAAGCAGUCAGUUUGUUCCAUUGAAAUUUUACUACACAUAGCCCGAUAAGAUGUGUUAGCUUUAGUUUUGACCGUGUUUAAAUGAAAGUCGUUGUUGUUGUUGUUGUUGUUACUACUUGAAUAUGUGUCUCCUCUGAGUGAUGUCCUCUCAAAGAAACUUGGAGGAAGGCGUGAGGACGUCUAAGUGUGGUGACUGGAAAGGUUGGAGAGGAAGAAGAAACGGCCUGACAAAAUUUCUCAUGUAGUAGUAUAACUUAACUUAUUUUCUCGGUCCGAAAUGAAAGUUACGUGUUCUUAUUUUUUGCCCUCCAUUUAUGGCUUAAGCGCGAACUGAACAACGGGAUCUGUAACUUACAAUACCGACCUCGAACCCGGUUAGUAAGUGGUUUUAAAUACCAGGAAAUGACUUUUUUAAAAUCCUUACAGGUAUCAAAUAAUUAAAACAAUAUUAGCAAGUAGAAAGUGUUCAAAUCUAUUUUGACUAUUUUUCUCGCAGGAAGCAUACGUUCGAUCAAAUAUUUUACUUGGAGCAGCUAAUGAAGAGGACAGUGAUGGAUUCCAUGAAGCAUCAUCACGCAUCGAGACCGCGCAAAUUCAGGGCAUCAUGAAGUUAUUUGCUGUAAGUUCUUUGUAGUUUUGAAAAUGUCCGAAAAUGGGAAAACAUUUUUUGUUUCAUAAACUUACGUCUGUUACCUAAAUAAAAGAUGUAGAAAUGUUAGUCUGUUGACUGCUAUUUUUCUGCGGAGGCAGAACUAGCCCUUUAGUAUCAUAUUCGGUAUCUUAUAGAUUAUUUUAACUAUCAUUUUGUGUUAUCGUAACCGGAUCCCGAACUAAAGGCUCCACGUUUAACGUUUCUUGGUUUAACCCUGGAUUUAACACAACCAUCUUUCGAGGAACUGGGCCCUGGUUUUCACUUAGCACUUAAAAACAAACGCAAGGAUAAAAAUCCUUGUUUAACUGUCUACUCCUUUAAAAAUGACAGUGGAAUGAAAUAAAUGUUCUUAUUUUUGUUUUCUGUUUUCUGUUAUUCAGCUGGCUUGUAAGAGUGAUAGAGAGUUUCGUGCUGCGGAGCUGUGUGAGCUAUUGCCUGAUGCCCACUCUGUAAGUAAUGAAGUUUUACCUGUUGAAAACAUACAGUCAUAGUUACUAGUACAGGGGCUAUGUUUUUGAUAAUAGAGACCUUAGUUCUAAGACGAGGACGACUACGAAAACGAGAUUUUUUCAAUACUAAGUAGUGCGCGCGCGUGAAACAUUGUCUUUUUGGCGGGAAAACGUGAUAGCCGUCGCCAUCCUACGGCGAGAUUUAGCGAGAAUGCUGUGGUGGCGGAAACAAGUUCAUCAAAUUUUUCAAGGUUUUAUCAUUCUGCUAUCGGUAGAGGGCUUAACCUCCUUCAAUAGAGAUAAAAGUGCCAUUUCUUUGGUGAAAAAAAAGGAAGCUUUCCGGGGUGUCUUAUUUGGGAAUACGCGAAAAACCCUUACGUCAAAUUUCGUCGUCGAAACCUAAGGUCUGCAAUAAGAGUUGAGGAGCCGACCAUUUAAUUUGAGGGGUAAGGGGUGGGUCGAUGAUAGGUGCUUAGUGGCGAGAAUUCUUUUUGGCAUUCUACGAAUGUGAUCGAGUUUGUUUCUUAAUUUUUGAUACAAGUAUAACACUAUAAACUUGAUGCAAGUCUUUUUUUGGUUCCAGAUCUGUUAUCUGUUUCUUUUUUGUUUUGUUUUGUUUAUUUUUUUUUCGUACUUUUUUAAAUCAGCAAACCUCCUUCCUCCAAAAUUUUCGCUGCAGUUCAUGGAGUGACAAUUACCGGUAAAUUCUUGUCUUCCCUUUUUUUCAAUAGGUGAGCCUAGCCAUAAAAUAUGCCGCACGCAGUCGGCGAAUGAACCUAGCCAAACGAUUGGAUGAUUUAGCGCGCCAAAAGGCAGCACUUGAGGCUGACGAAGAAUCCGAUGAUGAAUAUCAACAAGCUGAUUGGCCAAUUCGACAGAGCUCCAGGAUAGCGCCUUCAAGAGGACAAAGUCAGUCGUCUCGCAUGGCACCAAGACAAGUGGAACAAGAUGAGGAGGAAGAAGAAGAGAUGGAUGAAAAUGAAGUGGAUGAUGAAAUGGAAGAAGAUGAGUCUCAAAUUUCAAGCAAUCAAGGUAAGGUUGCCCUCGUAGCUCAAUUGGUUAGAGCUCUAGUAGAUCUAAUCCAGGGCCGGGUUGUUAAAACUGGGUUAAAAUCACCCAGGGUAGUGCGAAAUUAUACUUUAGAUAUGAAAGCUGUCCUCCCCAAGUUUAUAAUUAGAUGAGCUUGAAAAGGAAACGAGGGUUAAAAUUUAACCCCGGGUUAGAGCUAAUCGGCCUUCGAAUGACUGAGCCCAGAGCUCAAAUCUCAAUGGGUGAAAAAUAUUCUCGUUGACUAUCCCAGUUGGCUAGUGAGGUAUCUCACUUUACUUUCUAGGACACGCAGUUUAGAAAGAAUUGUCAGGAGUUCGUACUUGUCACAAGUCAUUUUAUUUCACCCCACUUGGGUGCUAUACGCGUUACACAUUUGCUUCCCAGGUAUUUUUCAAGUCAAGGUGUGAUCCUUUGAAUGUAAACAAGGAUUUAGUUUUAUAGCUUGUCAUAUUAUGGCAAGCUGUAGCUAGGAUGUACUAGCCCGAAAUUUAGAUAAGUAGGAUUGAUUACAGUUCUCUAGUAAAUUGAAGAAGGUUCGAUUAUAUGAACAAACUGCAGUGCUAUAGAUCUGAGUCUAACUUUCUAUGUUGUACUUAAAUUGCACACAUGCUGCGUUUUUAUUGCAGAAAGAAAAGGCUUAGCCAGACUAGAUAGCCGGGAUCUUGCCUCCAAACAACAGAAACCUAAACCUCCCAUGAAGUCAGCACGACCGUCACCAACACCGAAGACGAGUUUUAGUUCAAGUCAAGGCCGCUCUAAUCCUUUCAGGGUUGGAAGCCAAGAAAAGAAAACCUCGGGAAAAAGUUUCUUUGACAGUGUAGAGGAGGAGAAGAAAUCUUUGCUGAUGAACAAAAACAAGAUAUGUAAGUCUAGUUCACAGGCGUCUUCAUAAAAAAUCUGAUUGUAAAUUUAACUGCGGUGUUAUAGUCUUCUUACUUUUUCGAACUUCAACAAGAUACAGUUAACCAAAGGGUUAAAAAGUAGACUAUCCACGUCAUAUUUCAUUAAACUAUGAAUUUGAACCAUUAUUAUAUCUGUUAAAAGAUCUAAGCAAAUUUCUUAGAACUUAAUUAGAAGUGAAAUGGCAGUGGUGAUGAAAAUCAACAUGAUGAAAAUAAGGAAAAAAAAGAAAAGGGAAAGAAAAAAAGAGAGUUGGUCAAAGACCAAAAUCAACUUCAAACCAAUGCUGCAAAAAUGUUCAAUUACCCUGGGGUUUUUAAUGGUCAAUUGCUUACUUCAGAAACUCUAAGGGGCAUGGGUACAAGCUUUGGAUGCAGUGACUUGUGGGAUUGUUUGGGUGGACAAGUGUUAGUUAUGAUUGGUCAAUGAUAUUCAAAGCAACCAUUAACCAAUCCUAAAUAAUGCCUGUCCACCAAAACCAACCAUUAACCAAUCAUAAAUAAUGCCUGUCCACCAAAACCCACCAUUAACCAAUCAUAAAUAAUGCUUGUCCACCAAAACCAACCAUUAACCAAUCAUAAACAAUGCCUGUCCACCAAAACGAUUCCAGAAUCGUUGCGCUGAGUGUUUGUAGCCAUAUUUACCAACUGAUUUAUGCAAACCUUGGAAUAAAUAAACAAAUGAAUAAAUAAAUAAGCAAAUACACUGCCAAAAUUAACAGUUGUAAAUGUAAACGAGGCUGGAGUUGAUCUUGUCUUCAUAAACCCUUCCUGCUUCAUUAUGUAAAUCAUGUUGUUCUUAUGUUAUGUAACUUAUUCUUAUGUUAUGUAACUAGUAUUUCUUAAGUAUAAUUUUCGAAAGAAAAGGAAAGAGGUUUGUAUCAAAUUAAGGUCAACCUCGGCCUCACGUUCACCCAAAGGCUAGGAUUCUAAGCUCUCAACUGUUAAAUGGUCUAUAUAUGUGUGUCAAUCUCUUUGUUACAGCUCCUGAAUCCAAGGUAAAUCAGAGGAAAAGGAAGGGAAAGCAAACGACACUGAUGAAAACUCCGCCUGGGAAAGAAAAACCUCAAGCUGAGGCCGACAAGUCAGCAUCAGAGAAAGAACAACUUGAAAAGAAAAAGUCAACCGCUAAAAAGUAAGUCCAUUUACAAAAACGUAGAAAUGGCAGGUUCUCGUUCAUACCUGAAACGCUCCCCUUUCGUGCCACGGCAAUUUUCCAAAAUUUUCUUUUUUUAAUUUCUGCGCAGGAGAAAGCAAUUUUGACGUAGUGCCAUUCGCAAAGGUUUAAACAAAAGUUUUGUUUACUUUUUUACAGAGUCAAUGGAUUCAACCUUUGGUUUAGCGACAAUAAAGCGGUUUUAACGGAAGACAACACGGAGCUGUCCAGCGGAGAUCUUGUUAAAUUAGCAAUGCGAACAUGGAAAGCACUGAGCGAUGAGGAGAAAGCAAAGUGGAACAACAAAGCUAAGGAAGCAUCUGUUGACCAAGAACAAGGGGAGAAGAAAAGAAAAAGAGACAAAUCUGAUGAUGAAAAUGAAGAUAUUACAAAUAAACUGAACCAAGCUAAGAAGGCAAAAGAAAUCAAUAAUUCAGCAUCUAAGCUGGCUGGAUUUGCUUACAGUAAAAAAGAUUGAAUACAUUGUAACGGACGGAACUUUUCUUGAUCGUCCGCGUCCACAUUCUGACAAACUAAAUGCUAUUUAAAAGCAUUAACGAAAUUGUGAACCGUUCACGUACAUUCAGAAGAUUUGUUGAAAGAACUUUUUUCUCUAAGGCCCUUUUGAAACGUCGUGUUUAACAUGUGUCGCAUCUAAUGCGAAUAGGCGGUAACAGUAGAUUUUCCUCGUUAGUAAAAUCCAACUAGUGGUCUAUCAUCAAUUCUGUGUUCUGAUUGGUUGAGCUACUACUAGGCUAUAUGUUAUAGCCCACUGGUAGAGAAAAGCGCCGGCUUUGAAAACCAAAACAAUGGCUUUAAGUCUAGCUUUAACUAGCUCAAGUUGUUUUGUCUCGAUGUUUUUUUACCAACUAGUUGGAUUUUACUAAAACAAUUAUUCCUCGAGCCCUCCUGGCCUUUGAGUCAAUAGCCCAUGAGGCCUUCGGGCUCGAGGAAUAAUUGUUAAUUAGCAUUUAAUUGGGCUCAUGAGAAAUGCGACGUUUGAACCGGGCUUAAUUCAGACUAAUAAAUGGAUCAAUUCUCUGGGAAACUGUCUACCUACCCCUCCCCUAAGCUAAGUAACAUUACCACUUACCUCUCACUUAAAGCAAAAUGAUGGCUUAGGGGAGGGGUAGGUGAGCAGUUUUCCAGAAACUUAAAUGGAUCCAACUAAAUGCUAGUUUUGGAAGCAGAUACCUGGGACACCUUUAAGGGACACCUUAGUGUUGGUCAUUCCGAGGCUGCGCGGGAGACUGAUUCACUUUUGCGACGAAUUGCACUUUGGGAUUGUUUCAGGCAGACCGGUAUCACGAGGUUGCGCAGGAAAGUGCGUUAAAACAGUCACAUAAUGCGAAAGGCCAUUACCGAGUUUCCCCAAGUCUCUGCUUCAACUCCCAACAUUGUGGGCUCAACAAUUAAUAAAGGAGUUAAUGAAACCUCUAUGAACCAUGGACCAAUUUACAAGCGCAAUCAUUUAAUGUAAGGAGCUUCAAA